GACAACAGAUUUCUUAAUCCCACUGUCAGCCUUCCAAGAUGCCCCGCCCGCAGGAGCAGUAAUGUGUCACUCCUUUCCCCAGAGCCCAGCCCUGCUGCCAGGAAGGGGGAAAGCAGACACAAAAACUGGGGAGGCCGGGGGCUUGGAGGGCCAGACUAAGCCUGGGCUGAUCUCAGGCAGACACGGACAGACCCCACGGCAGCUCCAGGAGCCCAGAUACCAGCAGCCAGAGAGAAGGCCCAGAAGCUUCCUGCAGCCAUGUCGGCCCUCAUCCUGCUCAUUCUGGGCCUGUUCACGGCAGUGCCACCCGCCAGCUGUCAGCAAGGCCUGGGGAACCUGCAGCCCUGGAUGCAGGGCUUAAUCGCUGUGGCUGUGUUCCUGGUCCUGGUCGCAAUUGCCUUUGCUGUCAACCACUUCUGGUGCCAGGAAGAGCCGGAGCCCAUGAACACAGUCAUGACCGUUGGAAACAAGGCAGAUGGAAUCCUGGUAGGAACAGACGGAAGGUACUCCUCGAUGGCGGCCAGCUUCAGGUCCAACGAGCACGAGAAUGCCUAUGAGAAUAUCCCCGAGGAGGAGGGCAGGGUCCGAAGCACCCCCAUGUGACCCCCGCUUGCCUGUGGGCCCCAGCUGUGAGCCCAGGUGCCUGUGAUGGAUGCCCAGAUCACCACUCAAGCCGCUCCUUCUCUGUGUAGGAAUCUACAGUAAGGGGCCGACUCUUCCAACCCCACACUGCCCACCUUCUCUGGAGUGGUCACCAGCCAAAGUCGAAGCUCAGGCUGUAUCCAGGUUAGGGCUCAGCUAUGGCUCUGGGGGGUUUCCUAGGAGGUCUCCUACCCAAAUCAAUUCAGAAGACCCUUCUGAAGAGGACAGUCAGCUCGUCACCUCCUGCCUUGCCUCAUACCGUCUUCCUCUAACUUUGGAAAUGCCUCUUAUUUCUGUGAAAUAAAGAUGUUUCGUAUUUC